UUAGCUUCUUGCGAAAGGCAGUCAGUUACUUCUCAUAGGCAGUCAGUCACUUCUCGUAGGCAGUCAGUCACUUCUCGUAGGCAGUUAGUUACUUCUCAUAGGCAGUCAUUCACUUCUUAUGAGCAGUUAGUCACUUUUC